AUGGAAUCACCAAUUCCCGGAUGGACUUCAAACUCUUCCAACUGCUGCAACUGGGAUGGCGUUACAUGCGAUUUAUCCGGUAACGUUAUUAAACUAGAACUAUCAAAGAAAAAACUAGUUGGUACUUUAGUUAACUCGUUCACUAAUCUAACCAACCUUAGAACCUUAAAUCUAUCUCGUAACUUACUCAAAGGCACCCCACCUGUUUCAUUAUUCCACUUGCAAUGCUUACAAGUUCUUGAUUUAAGUGCUAAUGAGUUUUCUGGAUCUUUACCCGAUAGUGUGAAUCUACCUAUGAUCCAGUUGUUGGAUAUAUCUGAUAAUAAUUUUGAAGGCCCAAUAGCGGUUGGUUUUUGUAUUAAUUCUACUGGGAUUAAGGUGCUUAGAUUGGGUGUUAAUUAUUUUGAUGGAGAGGUCCCUUUAGAAUUUGAGAAUUGUAGUGUGUUAGAAGAGCUUUCUCUAGAUGGGAAUUUUGUAUCUGGGAUGUUACCUGAAUAUUUGUUUAGAUUGCCUAGAUUGUUACGGUUAACGGUUCAGGAUAACGCGAUAAGCGGGCAGCUGAGGAAUAGUGAGGUUUCGAGUCUUGUUUAUUUGGACGUGUCGUUGAAUUAUAUUUCGGGGAGGCUGCCUGAUUUCUUUCACUUGUUUCCGAAUUUGAGUUACUUUGCGGCGCAUUCGAAUAAUCUUGAUGGGAGGAUGCCUUUUUCGCUUGUGAAUUCUCGCAGCAUUUCGUCGGUGGUAUUGAGAAACAAUUCGUUUUCUGGUUUGAUUGAUUUGAAUUGCUCGGCGAUGUUGAACCUUAAGUUGCUUGAUUUGGUUGAUAAUAAGUUUACAGGAUCGAUUCCGAAUAAUCUUCCUGCCUGUCCUUUGUUAAAGACCAUAGAUCUUGGUGGAAAUAAUCUAACAGGUCAAAUACCGGAAACAUUUAAAAGCUUUAAUUCAUUAUGUUAUCUUUCGUUAUCGAUGUGCAACUUGAAUAACUUAUCUGGAUCGCUUCAAAUUCUACAUACGUGCCCAAAUCUUACGACUUUGGUCCUUAGCCGAAGCUUUGACAACGAAGAAAUGCCGUCUGAUGCUAAUCUACAGUUCAAAAAGCUCAAAACUCUAGUGAUUCCUAGUUGCAAGCUCACGGGUAGGAUACCCGUUUGGUUAAACGGGUUAACCAAACUCAGGAUACUGGACUUGUCAUGGAACGAGUUGACCGGAAGUAUCCCACCCUUUUUAGGAAGUUUGCAGUCUCUGGUUUACUUAGAUCUAUCAAACAAUUAUCUAAGUGGAGAGAUUCCGAAAAGCCUAACAGGAUUACCCGAUCUGCAGUUUCAUGACAACUCGUUAGAACUUUCUGUAGAGUUUCCUAUUUCCAUGAGGCGGGGUACGAAUGGGAAAGCGUUUAAAUAUAGUUACGGCAUUCGAUUCCCACCAACGUUAGACCUCAGUAACAACUUCCUAACGGGUCCAGUAUGGCCCGAGUUUGGAAACCUGAUCAACUUGCAUUGUUUAAAUCUUAGAUACAACGAGUUAUCGGGUAAUAUUCCAAGCAGUUUGGGAAAUUUGACCAGCAUAGAGACUUUGGAUUUGUCUCAUAACGAUUUAACGGGUGAAAUACCACUUUCUUUGGUGAGCCUUGGGAUGUUACGAAAGUUUAGUAUUGCAUAUAACAACUUAACCGGGAUUAUUCCUUCUGGAGGACAGUUUUCGACGUUUUCAGUUUCUAGUUUCGAAGGGAACCCAGGUUUAUGUGGGGAAUUUGUUUUAAGCUGUGUGAAAAAACAAAAAUCAUUCCAGAUUCGGGAAUAUGAAGUUAUCGAAGAGUCGCUUAUUAGUUUGCCUGUUUGGACAGGGUUUGGAACUGGUUUCCUUUUUGCUGUCAUCUUGUUGCUUGUUCUUCCGAGAAUUAGGGAUAAACAGGACACGGAUAAAUUUGAGUAA